AGCAGCGCCCUGGAGAGCCGCUGCCUCCUCCCGCUCGCUGCGGAAAGCGAAAGAGGAGCACCCCGAUCCGCGGAGCCCUGCGGCACGGAGAGCCAUAGGCGGGAAGGGCUCACCCCGCGGCUUGCAGCUGUAAUGCCGCCGGGUACCUCGGAGAUCGCCCCGGCCGGCUAGAUGGAGCAGACGCCGCUGCUGGGCUUCUCCCCCUUUCCGUGAGCCCUGGCGGAGGCGCUGGCACCGGCAUGCAGCCGCCCUCAGACAGCCACAGGACCCGGUGCCCUUCUGAAUGCACCGAGCCACCAUUGCUGGGGGCUGCCGAGCCUCCGCCUAGGGCGGCAGCCGCUGGGGACCACGAACGCGUUCUCUGCCGAGGCUCUGCGAGGAAGAUUUGUUCUGCUGCUGAAACCGAGACACGUCAGGGUGAAGGCAGCUAGUGUGUGAGCUGUGCAGCGGAUCAGCCUCCCGCUGUCUCCCCUUGGCUUUUUCUUUUCUUUUUUUCUUUUUUUUGCAUACUUGGCUUGGAAUAAACGCAGCUGCCUGCGAGGAAGGGGGGAACCCCAACCGAUAACGGAUGCAUACGGCUUAAGAAGAUUUCUCUGCGAAGUUGUUCCCGCUGAGUCUCAAAUCUCGACUUGAAUAAGGUUUUAGGGUGCGCAAGGAAUCGAGGAUGGGCUCCCCAAAAGAAUAACAGAUACGCCCAGGAUUUACCAAACAAUAAGAAAAAGGGGGGAAAAGAGGACGAUGCCCUCACUUAUUUUCCAGAGGUAUAGCCGUACCUCUUACAAUCUCUAUCCAGAAUUGAAAGGGAUGGCAGUAAAAGAAAGCUUCUUUGCAAGAUUUUCAAGAUAUCGGUUGAAAAUUUCUAAAGAAGUAAAGAAGGUCAUGAAACUUGGGAAUCCUGAAAUUGCCAGGCAGUUGCUAAUUUCAGGUGCUAAUCCUGAUCUGAAAGACAGUACAGGGUUCGCUGUAAUUCAUGAUGCAGCCAGAGCGGGUUUCCUGGACACGCUGCAGACUUUACUGGAGUUUAACGCUGAUGUUAACAUUGAGGAUAAUGAGGGAAACCUGCCAUUGCACUUGGCAGCUAAAGAAGGCCACCUCCCAGUAGUGGAAUUCCUUAUUAAGCGCACAGAAAGCAAGGUGGGACAUCAGAACAAGAAGGGAGAGACUGCCUACGACUUGGCUAAACUGUACAAGAGGAACGAUGUAGUUAAACUAAUGGAAGGCAGCACUUUAAGUGCAGAAGCUACAGACAUGAAUUAAAUCAAACACGGACAACUUCUUAUUUGGACAUUAAAGCUUAUAGACCUUGUUUUUAAUAACAUUUAUUACAACUUUCUUCUUCUUCUUCUUUUUUAAAUAAGUAGUGCAAGUCUGGUGAAACUGCAAAGGUGUAGAUUUUGUGCAAAUGAAUAUAUUUAAAAAUCACACCAAUAGCAUUUUCCUGCACCUGCCAUCCGCACAAUGCUAGAAGAGACACAAAUGGACAUAUGUUGAUCGCUUUUGCUUAGUUCCUGCAGUGUAUAAUUUUACACUUUCUUCGUUUGUUUUAGUUCACUAAUACUAAAAAAGAUAUAUGCUAAAAUGUUUUAUGUUUCUGACAUUUACCUUUUUAAAAUGUUUUACUGUGAUAUUUUUUCUUAAGAUCAUGCCUAGCAAUUUGAAGCACUGCUUCUGACAAAACAGGAUAUUAAAGGGUGUAGCCCGUGGUUCAGGCAAAGCUUGGAUUUAAAGGACGUUUGGCCUGUAAAGACAGCAGGACGGGGCCCUACAAGUGUUAGGAAAUAGCUGCAUUUGGACACUAAUAAGAGCUUGUAGAACUAGGUAAUUUGCUUUCUAAAUUGAGAUUAUACUUUUGUUUUUCACUGUAUUUAAUCUUUCACAAAUCUGCUUCUGAAAUUGAUGAACAGAAACAAUGUAAGUGGCUUUUUUGUUUGCCAGAGGUUAAAACAGCUAAGCUUGGUUGUUCGUGUUUUCUGUGCACUGAACAAUGCACUUUCCUAGUUUCAAAACAAGCAGCAGACAACCGUUGUCAGAGGAAAGGGUAUAAUAAGGCUGUGAUACCAACAGAGAGAGACUAGUUUUCUGGUCAUUCCACAAUCGAAGAGAAGGUAGACGCUAUUUAAGAAAUAUUUGCUUUCCACCAACUUUUUAUUUCAAUUAACCAUUUUACUAUAGCUGCAUCUCACAAAACGUGGAUAUUUGAAUACAAUGGAAUUUAGAGGGUAUCACGUUUGCUUUUAAUAACAUUAUAUUAUCGCUUGCACGUGAAACGCCACACAAGCCUGAAUAUUCGAAUUGGCAAUACGGUUGGUAGUAUUUCGGGGACCCAUAGUCACUUACCAUUUGAUGCUGCGCGGUGCUGAGCGCAUUCUGCUUCCAUGAAUGCAACGGGCGCUGACGAUGCUCAGCACCUUGUGGGACUGAAUUUAUUGUCAACAUUUGAUACCAUGUUCUAGGUGUUAGUUGUUUGGCAGAUCAGCCGUUUGAAGUGCUUUAUUUGUAAUAUUCUAAACAUUUUGACUGCAUUAAAGAGAUGGAAUCAAAUCAUUGUAAAAUGAACACAUUUACAAAUCUCAACAAAAUAGCAUCGAAAGGGGGAAUAUACUUUAGUUACGAUUAUUUUAACUUUUCAGCAAAGGUUUUACCCCCCAAAUCAAUAACCAUUGUUUGAAAAAAAAAAUUUUUUUCUUCAGAAACUGUUUAUCACAUGUUUAGUAUACACUCGCUGUCACAUUGCUGUGUUCUUGAUUAAAAACCUCUCUGACAGA